UCGUAACACCUUUUCCUCCUCUUUCUCUUAUGGUGCUGUCCCCCCUCCAACCACACACCCACUCAACGUGCCGCACUUUCAUUGUCUCGCUUAGCGAGUAAAGCGCUCGCUCUACGAAGAAACAGAAGCCCAGGUAUCGCUCCAGACAAUCUCUUUCGUUUACCACCUCCCCCUGCUUUAUAAAGGUACAAUCGACGAAGGCAAAAUAAUAUAAUGCGAAGACCGCCUCUAGAAUCGACGUUAUAUGCGGCGCAAAAAAGAUAUCGCUUUGAUCAUUGCCAACUUCGAUGACGUAAACAUUUUCUUUGAUGCGUUCGUUAAUUUUACGAGUACGAUGUAACCCUUUUAUUUGUAAAAUAACGAAAGAAAAAGCAACCGAUGAUCUAACUUAGGCAUCGUGUUAUCAUCCACCAAUCAUAGAGGAGGCAGCAAUAUUGUAAUUAUCACAGAGGGUGCUGCGAGCGAUCCGUUUGAUUCUCUCUUGACAAAUUUCUAUUAUUACUUAUUAAGAAUUUGUAAUGAUCACGUAUGCACGCACGAGUAAAAUGAAUUGCAAGUGGUAUAUAGAAAUAAAAAUAAAUUUCAUGUGUCUUAUGAGGAAACAAGUAGAACCAAUUAAAUUCUGUCGCGUUUUCUCUUAAGAAGUGAGCACAUGCGAAAAGGUUUAUGAUUGGUUAACGUUCCAUGGUCUCUAGAUUGCGUGAUGUAGAAUACAUCCAGCUGAUAAAUUCAGUGGACAUAACGUUUUGUAGAAAAUCGAUUAAAUCCAGGUGUCGUGAAAGUUCGUCUACUUUCAUGAUAUCACGUAACCAUUGCCACUCGCUAUAGAAUUUGGCCGAUGGCGGCUGUCAACUGGUGGGUCUCUGCUUUUCGCACAGGGGUUCCUAGUCAAAUAUCAGAAUACUCUGCGAUCCUUUCCCUUGGAAACUAUAUUGGAUUUGUAAUAUUUAUUGGAGUAACUCUUAUUUGCACGUUAUCGAGUAAAGAAAUAAUGGGUGAACAACCAAUUUUCUCGUGCAAGGCGCACGUAUUUCAUAUCGAUCCUAAAACUAAACGUUCAUGGGUAUCUGCCUCAACAGCUGCAGUUUCUGUGUCUUUUUUUUAUGAUUCAACUAGAAGUCUCUAUAGAAUAAUAUCUGUUGAAGGAUCGAAGGCAGUAAUAAACAGCACUAUUACACCAAACAUGACAUUUACAAAAACAUCGCAAAAAUUUGGUCAGUGGUCAGACGUCAGGGCUAAUACUGUAUAUGGUUUAGGAUUUUCCUCUGAAGCAGAGUUAGGCAAGUUUAUUGAAAAAUUUCAUGAAGUAAAAGAAGCAACUAAAUUAGCUAGUGCUAAGCUACAGUCAAACAGCUCAUCGGUUACACCAGCUACUAGUGCAAAUGUUAGUCCAAUCACGUCAAGAUCAGGGAUGCCUUCUUCGGAGCAGGAUCUCAUAGAUCCACCAAAUUCUUCGAUGAUCAACUCUAAUGUGUCGGCAUCGAAUAAUCCUAAUCCAAAUGCAAACAUGAUCUCUGCUCAAAACAGUGUAUCUUCGGUAAGCAGCAGUCCCUUACCUGGCAGUUGUCAAAAUAAAACGGACGAUGAAUUGAAAAAUGCAGUCCAUUCAAGAUCACAAAGUGUUUCUCAGCAGAGUACAGAAAGCCCGCAGCACCAAGGGAAACCAGCCCAACUUGGUUCGACGCAAGCUGGACAGUCGGCAGAGAUGCAGCUGAAAUAUGAAAAUGACAGGUUGAAGCUUGCUUUAGCUCAAAGUUCUGCUAAUGCCAAAAAAUGGGAGGUUGAAUUGGCUACUCUUAAAACAAACAACGCUAGAUUAACAAGCGCGCUCCAAGAAUCAACAGCUAAUGUGGAUGAGUGGAAGAGACAAUUGCAGUUAUAUAAAGAAGAAAAUGCCAGGGUAAAAGCAAAAUAUGCAGAACUAGAAGCUGGAAAAAUAGCAGAAGGGAAUAGUGAAGCAUUGAGGCUAAGAGUGGAGGCACUCGAAAGUGAAUUAAGAAGUCGAAAUGAAGAAAUAAAGGCUCUUACUAUGGCUACAAAAAAUAAAGACUUUGUGGCCCUUCAAAAGGAAAAUACCGAAUUGCGUGAUAUGUUAAACGUUGUCCAAGAACAAUUAGAACUUGCUUUAUGUGCAAACAAAGUUCAGAAACAAAACUUGGAAACUUUGAAUGCCAGAUUAGCUGGAUUUAUACAAGACUUGGUAACUGUGCAUCGAGAAAUUACGAAUACCUUGCAAACCUAAGUUUGUUUGUAGAAUACCUAGGAGCAUUGUUCUUAGGACUUUUGUAUCUACGGUAUAAGAGAGAUGUGCGAAUGAAUGACAUAAAAAUGAUACAAAGGGUGAAGUUCCAAAGGGGAGAACAUGCGGCGAAUAAGAUCUUUUUUUUUUACAUUAGGACAAGAUGAAAGACAGAUCGUCUCGAAUUAUAGCGGUUUAAAAACAAGCGAAUGGCUCGCUUUUUAGAUAUUUAUUUC